AUUCAGUGUUGGUACAUCGUUGAUGCCAGUAAGUUGAAGACCAACGUUUUGAUAACGAGCAGGAUUACGUACAAUUAUAAAUUUAUCGACGAAUGUUGUACAUGUUAAUAACAACGAAUAAUUUUGUCAAUGAUUCAGAAAAUAAUAAAUUAUUUAAAAAUAUAUAUUUCUUAACUGUAAAUCAGCGGCACCAUGUGGACCCGAUGGACUACGUUUCUCUUUGAGUAUAACAUGGUGGCUGGAUACCGGAACUGCAACCGAAUUGUUGUGGUAGCUUCAGUAGCGAUAGUGACGUUUGCUUACGCCCUGCAAAUCGUGACGGCCGAACAAGUCAACCCCGUCGACUUGUCCGGAGAUUUCUGCGCGAAAGUGGGAUGCUGCUCUGAUAGGCGUAACGAGAGUUGUUUCGUGCCGAUAUCGGACACGAGGUGUUAUUGCGACGAAUUCUGCCACGUCAAUCGCACCGGGUCCGAGGACUGUUGUCCCGACUACAUGUCGUACUGCAAAGGCGUCGAACCAUCCAAACCACCCGCAGACGCCCCAGUGUCCACAUUAGGAGCACUAAUUAAACUACAAACACCAGACGACUUGGCCGGAGAUUACUGCAAGAAAGUGGGUUGCUGCUCUGAGGGGCGUAACGAGAGUUGCUCUGUGCCAAUACUGGGCACGUUGUGUUAUUGCGACGAAUUCUGCUACGUCAAUCGUACCGGGACCGAGGACUGUUGUCCCGACUUCAUGUCGUACUGCAAAGGCGUCGAACUACUCGCGCCCGAUCCGCUAACCAUUCAACCAAAUUGUACUCAUGAUGGUGAAGUGGUUAAUAUCAAUUGCAAUGAAUGCCGUUGUCAAAUAACCAAUGGAAACGCGACACUAAUAUGUGACCAAAAUGAAUGUCUUAUUGAUCCGCUACUCUUGGAUACGAUCAAAAUCCAAAGUUAUCAAUUUGGAUGGUCGGUCAGAAAUUACAGUGAAUUUUGGGGCAAAACAUAUGACGACGGACUUAAGUGGCGGCUAGGUACAUUGCAAUCACCGGAAAAGAUCUUACAAAUUGUACCUUUGAAAGCUGUAUUCCACAAAGAUGAUCUAAAGUCGUCUUUCGAUCUACGCAAAGUUUGGGGUGAAAGAAUUACUGAUCCUAUAGAUCAGGGUUGGUGUGGUGCGUCCUGGGCCAUAAGCACUGUUCAAGUGAUCACCGAUCGUUUUGUUAUAAUGACUCGGGGACUCAUGGGCGACGCGCUGUCACCAAAACACCUGUUGUCCUGUAACAGUUUUGGCCCACAGCGAGGAUGUCAAGGCGGACAUUUGAUCACUGCUUGGAAUUGGGUUAGGAAAUUUGGACUCGUCACUGAAGAAUGUAAUCCGUGGGAUGGUCGGAUGACAGGUUGUGCAGUGUCCAACAAGAGUAGCAACAAUGAAUUAAUCGUGCCAUGUCCGAGUUCAUCCAAAACUGCACAACUCAGACGAGUAGGCCUGAUGUACAGAGUGUCCACAGAAGAGGGUAUUAUGAAUGAGAUUAUGAAUUGGGGAUCAGUACAAGCCAUGAUGAAAGUGUCAAAAGAAUUUUUCAUGUAUGAAUCGGGCGUGUACAAAUGUUCAAACGUUACCGAGGGAUCGAAAACAAGAUACCACACUGUAAGGAUUGUUGGCUGGGGCGAAGAGCAACAGAAUGGCAAAACCGUAAAAUAUUGGAUCGUUUCAAAUUCAUGGGGACUUUGGUGGGGCGAAAACGGAUACUUCCGGAUACUGAAAGGAACCAACGAGUGUCAUAUUGAAGACUUUGUUGUAGCUGCAAUGGCAGACAUCAGCGAUUUCUGUAACAUAGCAGAUCGGUUGUCUAAAGAAAACGCUUCAUACACACUGAAUGGCACCAAAAUUGAUUUUGCUUAAGUAAAUUAAUUAAUUCAUUCAGCGAAUAAAAAAUUAUGGAAAAAUAU